GUUUUUCCUUCUUCGUGGAACUCAUCUCAAAAGACACGUACACAUAUCUAUCCUUCCAUAUUGCAUAAAUACUCAAGUCUUUGAAACCAAGUCAUGUCAGUAGCAGUAGCAGUAGCAGCCGCGACCUUGAAUGCCUUGAAGCAGUUUUCUUCUUGUGAGAUUGCAGAUGCCCUUCUCAAACUAGGACAACGACCUUGGGGAGGAUACAUUCCAGAUAUUGAAAUGUGGUCUCCUCGUUACUGCGAUGGCGAUACUCGUAUUGUUGGUCCUGCGUUUACAGUCAAAAUGGUUGAACGAUCCAACACGACUGCUCCAAGUCCACCCGAGCACUUUGCAGAUGCUGCUCCGGAAAACAGUGUUAUGGUUAUCUCGGCACCCAAAGAUGUGAAGGGUGCUUGUUGGGGAGGCCUGAUGUCCGCUCGUGCAAAGGCGAAGAAUGUUAAAGGGGUGGUGAUUGAUGGCCGCGUCCGGGACUUGCGUGAGCAUCGAUCGAUGGAAUAUCCCGUAUUUGCUAAAUCCCAUUCGACAUUGCCGCAGAAUGCAUUUGUUCGACCAUCCGAGCUCCAAGUGCCCAUCACCAUGUCGACCUCACCUGUGGUUGUCACGCCAGGCGAUAUCAUUGUCGCAGAUCUGGAUGGUGUUAUCUGCAUCCCCGUCAAUCUAGUGGAGGAUGUGGUCCAAAGUUGCACAAAAUACGUUGCAAUUGAUGAUAAAUGUAUGGAAGCGUUGCAACAAGGUUACGGCGUCAAGGAGACAUUUGCUAAAUACAGAGGAACAUGAAGAGAGCAUACACAUAUAUAAAAAAUUAAAAUAACAGUAAUAAAAAAAGAUAGCAUUCUCUUUCGGCUAUUGCCAUCUUUGGCAAUAGCUAGAAUAUAUUGUUAACGAUACAUUUUAGAUCUAGAAAUGCCAUUGGAAGAAGAUUCUGCAGGCAUGCGCCGACAUUGGAACGCGGAGCGAGAAGGGAGAAAACACACUAAAGAGAUAGAGAAGAGAGGAA